AUGUCUUCUCUACCACCCAACGUCCACGUCUCCACGCACCCCUGCCUCCUCGCCAAGCUCUCGCAGCUGCGGUCCAAGACCACCAGCGCGCGAGACGUCAAGACGUUGAUCCACGAGAUCUCUUUGCUCCUGGGGUCGGAAGCCCUCGCAAAGGCCAUGACCACGGCCCCCGGUCCCCAAGGGGAAACGCCCCUCGGGUUUACUUACGAGACCACUACCGCUGCGCCGGGGAAUAUCUCGCUGAUUCCGAUUUUGAGGAGUGGAUUGGGGAUGGUUGAGGCAAUCCAAACCAUCCUCCCCCAGCCCGUCCCCGUGCACCACCUCGGCCUCUUCCGCGACCCCAUCACCCUCGCCCCCGUCGAGUACUACAACAACUUGCCCAACCAUCUCGUUUCCCCCACGCAGGAAACCGCAUCCGACCUAGCCAUCAUCCUCGACCCCAUCAUCGCCACCGGCGGCACCUGCGCGGCCGCCAUCCAGACAUUGAUCGAGUGGGGCGCCAAGCGGGUGAUUGUCUUGUCUGUGCUCGGUGCCGCCGAGGGUGUGAAGAAGGUGGCUGAGGAGUGGCCUGAGGGAACGGAGAUCUGGCUGGCCGGUGUGGAUCAGGAACUGACGCAGGGGGGUAUGUUGAGGCCUGGUUUGGGGGAUGUGGGGGAUCGGUUGUUUUUGACUAUUGGGAAGUAA